AUGUCUUCGCCUCCCGAGGGGAAGCUAGAGACGAAAGCUGGACACCCGCCCGCCGUGAAAGCCGGUGGGAUGAGAAUUGUGCAGAAACACCCGCAUUCUGGAGACACCAGAGAAGAGAAGGACAAAGACGACGAGGAGUGGGAAAGCCCCAGUCCACCCAGACCGACCGUGUUCAUCUCCGGUGUUAUCGCCCGGGGCGACAAGGACUUCCCCCCGGCGGCCGCCCAGGUGGCCCACCAGAAGCCCCACGCCUCCAUAGACAAGCACUCUUCCCCGAGGACACAGCACAUCCAGCAGCCUCGCAAGUGA